CUGACAUCAUCUCUGUUUAUAUAUAUAAGUAUUUAUAUAUAUUUGUAUACAGGUGUCUUGUUUAAAUAAUUAUCACCCUCAAUUAAUUGAGUGUAUUAAUAAUUGUGAAUCGAUAAUUUAAAAAACAAAUUCCUUCACAUAAUCAAUUAAUUUAUUUUGUGCGUGUGUGUGAGUGUGUGUGAUUUGUAAUUAAAAAAAAUUGGAAUAUUUAACUGGUUUAAAAUUAGUGUCAUGUGAUUGCGGAUAAUUCACUUCUGAUUUUACUUUUACGUGAAUUUUCUAUAAACUUUUUUUUUAGCAGACAUUUUUUUUUUGUUUUGAUUAAAAUUCGUGAUUAUGAUAAUUUUUUUGAAUGAAAAAUUAAGAAUUUAAUUUAUUCAAGUUUUAAUUAUUUGUAUGGAAAAAAAAUAUCAUUUAUGUAUUGAAUUCCCAGAUUAAUAAAGCAGGAGAAAAAAAUUACUUUGACCUAGAUCGUAAAAUCUUAGUCUUGAAAACAUUGAAUCGUGUACUCGUACCACUUGAGGGAGCAAGCAUUUUUUUUAGAUCCCCGAAUGGAUGUGUAAAUAAAUCCAGACGAGGACAGCAAGGAUGCUAUUGGGGUGCAAAAAACGACGAUGAUGAUGUGGACAAGUUGGCCACGAACCAGACGAAAGUGGUGUCAUGAUAAUCCGAGAGUGCUUUGCAAAAAUGCUCUUAACUUUGGUUACUAUUGUUUCAUCGUACUGGCUAUGAUGUCACCGAAAGAAGCCGCUAAAAGUGGAGCUAGUGGGAGUGGGAUCACACAGUGUCCGUCCCCGGAACUGAUUCCUGGCUGUCCGUGCUACAACUUCGACGAUGGACUUUUUCUGGAAUGCGCUGGGGCCACGGAAAACUCUUUGAGAGCAGCUCUGAGUGCUGUAGCUAGUGUCGCCAGUCCCGAAGAAGCUGUAGUCCAGUCGCUGAGUAUCUACGAGCUGGAUCGCAAGAUAGACGAGCUGAAAUCCAGCGUCUUUCCCCAUGGGACGCAAAUCCGGCACCUGCAGAUCUCUCACUCCAGCAUCCGUGAAAUCUCUGAAGAUGCUUUCGCGAAAUUCAGUUCCUCGCUCUCGUCACUGGGUCUGGUCUCCGGCCGUCUGCAGCAGGUCCCUCACAAAGCCCUGGCUACCCUCACGCACCUGACGGCUCUGGACCUAGAGUCGAAUCACAUCCACGAUCUGUCCACGCAUUCGUUCACCAAACUCAAGCUCAAGAAGCUCAACCUUAAAGGCAACCAGAUCCAAAAGAUCGCCGAGCACGCCUUCUCUGGUCUGGAGGCCUACCUGACCGACCUAGACCUCGCUGAAAACAAAAUCCGCAUUUUUCCAAUGACGGCCCUCCGCAACCUAGAACAUCUGGUAUCUCUACGGCUGUCAUGGAACGAAGUGUCCCAACUGCCUGAAGAUGGAUACUCCCGACUAGACGCUCUGAACUUCCUGGACCUCAGUAGCAAUAACUUUGAUAAAAUUCCUCUCAACUGUUUCCGUUGCUGUCCAGUGCUACGAACCCUCUCGCUUUAUUUGAACGCGAUCGAACAGGUUGACAAGGAUGCCUUCAUAUCCCUGAUAGACUUGGAAUCAAUAGACAUAUCUCACAACAAAAUAGUCUUUCUGGACAUAGCCACCUUCCGUGCCAACCAGAAGCUCCGUUCUAUUGACCUCAGCCACAAUCACAUUCACUACAUCCACGGAGUCUUCUCCCGGCUGCCUGAACUCAAAGAAUUAUUCCUGGCUGACAAUAACAUUCUGGAAAUAUCAGCAGAUACAUUCUCCGGCAGUGUCAACCUCCAGGUGAUCUAUCUGCAGCACAACGCCAUCCGUCGAGUUGACUCCCGGAGUCUCGCGAGUUUGAAGCAGCUUACACAACUUCAUCUUACAGCGAACUUCAUCAGUCGAGUACCCCAAGACUUUCUUCAGCACACGGAGAACUUGCUUACGCUCUCGCUGGAUGAAAACAAUAUCCGAGAGCUAGAAAUUGGGACUUUCAUACGAACUAAGCAUUUGAGAGAACUCAGGCUGCAGGAUAAUCAGAUCACUGAGGUCAAAAGAGGAGUUUUUGCGCCACUACCUGAGCUACAGGAGCUUCAUCUUCAGAACAAUGCGAUCACUGAUAUGGAAACUGGGGCAUUGAAGACACUGCACAAUUUGCAGCAUGUCAAUUUGCAAGGAAACCUUCUGGCGGUCUUGGGAGACGUGUUCCAGAUAUCGGAAUCUUCUGAAGUCAGAGGGUCCGGGUUUUCAGAAGAUGAGCGAGCAGGUAGCUCGCUGAUCUCAAUCCAGCUAGACAAUAACGGACUGGGUGUGCUGCACAAUGACUCACUUCGCGGACAAUCUUCAGUAAGGAUCAUGUGGCUGGGACACAAUAGACUCACACGGCUUCAAGCCCCAUUAUUUAGAGACUUAUUGCUCGUGGAGCGGCUCUACCUGACCAACAACUCAAUCUCCAGGAUUGAGGACACGACUUUCCAGCCUAUGCAGGCCCUAAAAUUUCUGGAGCUCAGUAUGAACCGCCUGAGCCACGUGACCGUCAAGACUUUCUCAGAACUCCAUGAACUGGAAGAGCUCUACCUGCAAGACAAUGGACUCAGACGCUUUGAUCCUUUUGCUUUAACUGCGUUAAAGCGGCUCAGAAUCUUGGACCUCGCCAACAAUCAUCUCAAUGUCCUGCACAGUAUGAUCUUUCAAGAAGGACUGCCCAUCCGGACCCUCAAUCUCAGGAACUGCUCUGUCAGUCUCAUCGAAUCUGGCACAUUUCGCGGACUCAAUAACUUAUAUGAGCUCAAUCUUGAGUACAACCAUCUCACCGCGAAUGCUCUAGAUCGUCUGGACAUUCCUGGUCUGCGAGUUCUCAAGAUCUCCAACAAUAACUUCAGUCAAGUCAACGGGGAGUCCCUCGACGGACUGCCUUCUUUGCAACAGCUGUCCAUGGAAUCAGCCUCCAUCCACCGAAUACCCACAGAACUGUUCACUAAGAAUAAGAACUUAAUCAAGUUACUUCUAGGUAACAAUCUACUGCGUUCCCUCCCUGGGAAUUUGUUUUUAGGUUUAGAGUCUCUGAGAGAAGUAAAACUAGAUGGAAACCGUUUCCAAGAGCCUCCUUAUGAAGUCUUUCUGAACGCCACCUCUAUUGAGUUCUUAUCCCUGGCUCACAACGUCAUUUCCCAUGUAGACGCCACCCGUCUAAGUGGACUUAGUAGCCUCAGGGAGUUAGAUCUUCGCAACAACCACAUCAUGACACUUUCUGGAUUCGCGACGGCAAAUUUCUCGCGACUCAUCUCUGUUGAUCUCAGCUACAACCAUUUGACGGCCCUGCCUGCCAACUUCUUCGUGCACUCGGUCCAGUUACGUAAAAUCGAGCUCGCGGGUAAUAAAUUCCGGCAGAUCCCCAGUACCGCGUUGGGUGAGAGGAAUAUUCCCAACUUAAAUUGGUUAAAUAUGACCAGCAAUCCGUUAACGAGAAUCCACGAGUUUCCUUCGUUGGAAACUCACUACCCAGCACUCCAAGAGAUUCAUAUCUCGAGGACUAACUUGACCAUAAUAAGCAGUCAGGAUUUUGAAGCCUUUCCGGCAUUGCUGCACUUGUUCGUGACCGCUAAUGCGGUGGCUAGAAUUGGACAAGGAGCUUUUAGGAAUUUAUUGUUGUUAAUGACGCUGGAUUUGAGUGCUAAUGAACUUGAAGUACUGCCUCAGGAACGGCUGAGGGGAUUAGAACAUCUUAAGCUGCUUAAUUUAACUCGCAAUAAGCUCAAGGAGUUAGAAGACUUUCCGAUAGACUCAAAAGGUCUGCAGAUUCUUGACCUCUCCUUCAAUCAGAUUACCUAUAUUGGCGGCGAUACCUUCAGGUACUUGGGGAGUUUAGAGGAACUACACUUGCAUGGGAAUUGGGUCACCAGGAUUGCAGGAGAUGCUUUCAAAAUGAUGAAGAAGCUAAGGCUUUUAGAUUUGAGCAGAAAUUAUCUGUCCAACUUGCCUCUCAACGCUCUCAGGCCGCUGGAAACUCAGAUACGAAUUCUUAGAGCUGAAGAAAAUCCACUUCAUUGUGGCUGUGAAUCUCAGGAGCUUUGGGAAUGGCUUAGGGAUCAUCAGAAACUUGUUGUCGGCACCGGAGGCGGUCGAGAAGGUGGAGUGGGUGCUGGAGGAGGUAAUACUGUCGGACGUCGUGGGAUGGGUGUCAAUGAUGUUGAAUCGCCUGGAUUGUUGCGAUGUGAACAGCCAUCUGAAUUACGGGGGCUCGUAUUCUUGGAUUUAGAUCCUCAUGCCUUUUGUUCAACUCCUCUUGUUCUCGAAAUCACGAUACAAGAGAUACAGCCGUUCUCAGUUGUUGUUAUUUGGCAAAGUCGUAAUCAUACUGGAUUACAUGGUUAUCAAAUCGUCUACAGAAAUUUAGAUGCCCUCAAUGAGGUCCGCGGGAAAAUACUAGGACCAACAGCACGACAGUUACGGCUGUCAAAAUUAAUUGCCAAUACGCGGUAUCUCAUCUGCAUACGCGGACUGGGAAAUUGGGCGCCAGAAGAAUACUCAUCCUCAGCGUCUUUAUCCUCUUCAGUUUCUACAAGAAAGCCGGUUAAUAGCUCCCAGGAUGACGUUUUCUUUGACAAUUUAAGUUCCCUACCCCCCGAAAUGGCGGAUUCGACUGUAAGUCGUUGCGCAAAAGUAAAAACUCUUGAAUUGCCAGCUGCAAUCAUCAUAAAUAAUGACGGUAGUGCUCCCAUAAGUGACCCCAGCAGUGUUACAAAUAUCCUGACCCGUCGGUUGGGUCUUAUAGUUGGCUGUUGCAUGGGUUUUAUAGUCUUCAUACUCCUCGUCUCCGUUUUGGGCUACUUGAAGGUCAAAAAACAGAGAGAGGCGGUGAAGCGGGAUCAGCAACCUCUGCCACCAGAAUAUAUUUCUUAUCGGCAUUUUAGUAUACAGAGUGGUGACGCUGGCGCCACUGCACGCACCGCGGCUGCUAAUAAUGCGAUGGGUGGAGUGGGCGCCAACGUGACCUCGACCUCAACAGACGUAACUGCUGUGACUGCGACGAUAACUACCACGACAGUGACGAAUAAUAAAGAUAUGACACAUUCUGGGUACGUAAAUAAUGUUAUUACUGGUGCUACUAAUCUUAAUGUAUAACGUCAAGUUAAUGGUUCCGGUGCCAGUGAUACGCGGACUGCUAUCACAAAUGUUUGAGCUUUUAGCCGGAAUCAUCGAGAAGAGUUAUUACCAUGGACAAAUCACGUUGCCCUCCAGAUUUUAUAAUUAUUUUGGCAAAGGGAACUGAAAACGGUUUAGGCAAAUGACCAAUUUAUUUAGUGUAGCCGAUUUUUUAUACCACAAUUUCGUUGGGGAUACUAUUAAGUGUGAGGCAAGUUUUGAAAACUCGGUGCCACUAAUUUUAGCUGGCACCCUAGCGGGAUACGUCCGCGCUGUGAAGAUUUUGGUUGGCGUCGAAUAAAAGUUUGAAAAUGAUCGCAGUUAUUUUUUAAUGGGCGCCACUGGGUGUCGUAGGGAAGUGAAAUAAAUAGGAUAUGAACAAUUGUAAGAUAGUGAAUAAAAUAUUUUUCGUCAUAGCGACUUGCUGCCAUAUUAUUGAAGUAUUAUUAAAAAUAUGGAAUUGGGAUGAAAAAAAUUAAAUUAAAUGGACGCUAUCAAUAUGAUCCUAAAUUUUAUUAGAGAAAUAAAAUUAUUGCCACCACUUGAAUAUUUUUAUCUUCGUAAUUAAUUCAAUUUUAACACGAUUUUUAGUGUUGGAGGUUACCAAAGAUGGCGCCCAAAAAUACUAACAUUUGAUUUCUACUUAAAAUCUGAUCGUUAUCACUAGAGAUGCCGCUACAAAAAAUUGUAAUGUUUCAUUUUCAUGGUAAAUAAAAUUGUUGGAUGCCAUCAGAGCCAGCGGCACUACAAUUUGGCGCCAAAAAAAAAUUUCCGCUGGGAAUUUAAAUACUCAAAUUUUACUGAAGGUAGGGGGCGCCAAAUUAAAAAAAAACAAUAAUCAUAUUAUGAGUAAAUAAAAAAUAAUUGUAAAAUAUUUCGAUUGAUAAACGUCAGAGUGGGCGCCAUUUUUUCAAAUUAUUAAACAAUAAGUGUUCCAAUUUUUUAUAGUAAUAAAAAUAAAAAUUUUUAUAUAUAUUUUUAGCGCAAUUAAAAAAUUAAUUGACAGUUAAAUUUUUUUUUUUGUUUUAAUUAAAAAAAUUUUAUGCAUUAAACAUUUACAUGAAAUUUGUAUAAGCAGUUUAUAAUAUAAUUGUUAGCGAUCAUGGGUGACCAUUAACAACUGCUUAGCGGUUUUGUAACAGAUUUCGUGUAUUACAUAUUAAAUUGUAAAACCAUAUGAUCCGCGGUAAAUGAAACUGUUUUAAAGCAUUCGUGUGUGUGGGUGUGAGUGUCAGCGAGUGGGUGGGAGUAGGAAGGGAUGAAAGCGUAUUUGAAUUUAUUAAUUUGUACAUUUCGCAGGCAAAAGCUGGCCUAGUUAUUUUUGUCUAUUCAUUUAUAUUUAAUAUACUGUUACAUAUAAAUCGCGAAUUAUUUAUAUAUAUAUAUAAUAUAAAUACGUGUAAGUAUAUAAAAAAUAUGUGAUGAUAGAAAAAAAAAUGUAUUAUAAGUAUAAAGAAAUAAAACAAUGA